CGUAGUUCCCCUCUGAAAAUGGAUGCAGAUGGUGUCCUUUCCCCCAGCAGCAGUGCGGAAAGUCUCGGUGUCGCCGAAAACGUCGUGUUGGCCGCUCUCAGCCCUCUCAGGUUCCUCUCUGGUAGUACGCAUGCGUUCGUUGUCCGAGGGCAGUGCAGUCCGAAGGCGUAGCGUAUUGGCUUUACUCGUAUCGCAGCUAUUCUGGCCUCCUAUGUGAAGUGCGACGGGGUUUAAAACAGCUGUUCUGCUGGAUGGUUGCUUUGACAGAGAGAUCGACGGAUAAAGCGGAUGACUUAUCAGACAUCCAGGCUCUUAAAUGAUAUCGCGAAUAUUCCGUGGAGAAAAUGAGAAUGUCGCGCUCAAACGCAAACGGCAAAUCGACACUCUGAAAAUCUUUAACGACAAUGUAAUAGAGCUCAGAGAAGAUGCGGACUAUCAGGUGGAAUUCGACGCUGGCGAAAGGCGAAUGGCUAUUAUGGUUUCCCUGUCGCCAAAUUUUCCACUGGAGAAACCGGUACUUAGAGUUUCCCCACCGAUAAACCACCCUUGGUGCAAUGAGCACAGCGAAAUCACUAGUGCACCGGGAUUACUCAAUUUUUCAGUACAUAGUGAUCUUGGUCGGGUUGUUCAAGUUAUUAUCAGAGAAUUCAGCAAGAAUCCACCUCAGUUGUUAGAGGAUAUUUCACCUGGCUCUACUAAAUCUCAUAGAGACUUACAGGAGAGAAACUCGCCGUCUUACGCGCUUCAACAGUAUCCUGAGAUUCCGUCUACAUCGUUCAAUUCAUAUUACAAUACACAAUUCCCACACUUGUCAUCCUCCAGUGCAAACACGAGCAUUUAUAAUUGUAAUUACACAAACUCCGGUCACACGUACGUCUCGAAUUCAAAAUCGUUCGGUAAUGCGUCGCAUCACACGUCAUAUAUUCCAAGUUCGAGGUGUACCCUUCAUAGUGCUCCAUCCACGAGGUAUACCUCGAAUCAGCACGGCACGGCCUACCUGAAUUCGCACUAUGCAGCAAACACGAAUUAUCAGCAGCCGUUGCCGAGUCAAUCGCAAGCAAAAGUUCCGCAGAGUAUAAUAUUUCCCGAAUUAAACAACUUGACUAACGAGGAAUUGAAGAGGCUCAGCGAGGAUGAGGAUAGACUGGAUGACUUUUUGGAGAAACAUUCCCAAAUUAAAGACAUAAACGCGGCGAUCGAAGACGCUAUGGAUUGGGUUGAGAAAACUGCUGAAGCUAACGUAGCCAAAGAACCUGAGUUGAGACAGCUACAAGCUGAUGUGACAAACAAGGUAAAAACGGUGGCCGUGCUGAAAGCCAGAUACGACAAUCUUAUACAACGAUACAACAAACUGUCGGAGGUUUUCACGCCGGACCACAUAAAGGAGUGCCUGAGACUGGCGGCAGACGAGAGUCACGAAGGAAGCGAGAAGAUCGCUGAGGAUUUUCUCAACAGGAAGAUCGACGUUGAGCGUUUUCUCAGUACAUAUAUCGAAUGUCGAAAGUUGGGUCAAGCGAGACGAACUAAAGAAGAGAAACUGGCGCAUCAAUUGAACGAAUUGAAACGAGCUGGUUACUGAAAAAUUAAAGAGGGAGAGAGAGAGAGAGAGAAGGGGGGAGAGAGAGAGAGAGAGAGAGAG